AUGCCUCAGCACUCGGAAGACGAUGUGAUCAAAUCUCUGACUAAUGGCGAAGUUAAUGCGAAUUCACUUGGGACAUUCAGUGCUCUUGGACUCGACUUUAGCGGUGGACUGGGACUCGAUCUUGGUCAGUCAUUUGACCCUUCAUGGGCCUAUGAAGAGGGUGCUGUGGGCACGGGGCAAGGAGACGACUGGGAAGAUGCAGUGGACCAGGAGAUAGGCGACGAAGACGAGCCGAUGGACGAAGUCAAGGAAGAGGUUGCCAGUCCAGGCUUGUUCUCCCCUGCCGCAUCUCCGAAACCACCUCGACGAAGACUGGUCAAGAAGACACGCACGAUUGUCGUCGAAAGAAAGCCCAAUGUCAAGGACAUGUUUCCCACAUUCAACCCAACGGGCACUUGCGACUUUACAGAGCUCUUCAAAGGCAGGGUACCGUCAAAGUCAAGGAUUCACAAGUCCCGCAUGUUCAGAUCCGAGCUGGCUCAACCUACAAAGAAACCCCGGCUUGCUAAUAUCCAAAUCGGCGCGGAAGCCAAGGCUGCAACCGACCUUGUUCAACAGGUAGAUAUACAAAGACUGAGUAUAGACGACUCUUUGAAAAAGGUUCUUUCCACCAACACCGGAAAUAUUCCUAUCCCUCUCGACGAGCGUAGCUAUGACCCAAUCGUUCUUGACGACUGGGAAGAUCAGAUUAUAUACGACCAUAAUACCGAACUAAAGCCUCUUGCACCACGCCCAACCGCCACCGCACCCCUCAAUCCAUUCCUCACACACCCCCCAUCAUCCCUCGCCUGGGACUGGGACUCGUCCAUCCUCUGGACACGCAAAUCCGAUCCUCUCCCACCGCCUCCGGCCCUAGACGACCCGCUCCUCCCACCCCCGCCCGUCCCGCCCACAACAACAGCCACAACGACCGCAACGACCACAUCCCUCGAGGGCAAACCCAAGAAAAAGACCCGCGCAGACGUCGCGCCCGGCAAGGACAAGUUCAACCUCAGCAACGACCAUUAUUACGAGGUGUCCAAGGAGAGACAGCGCGUGCGCCAGACGUUUGGUAAUUUGGUCGUUCAGCAUGCGUAUCCGGCUCUCAAGCUCCAGUUGCCGUUUUACAAGACGCGUCUUACCAAGGAGGAAGCUCGCGCAUUUCACCGUCCUGCAUUGCAGAUUCCAGCAAACAUCGAAUUCCGGUUCACCCGUGUUAGGAAUCUCAAGAAGAAGAAAGACAAGAAUGGGCGCAGGCUCGUCAGCAACGACGUGCUCAAAAAGACGGGUGAUCUGACAUUGAAGGAUAACUCGAAUUUUGUACUCUGGGAGUAUUCGGCAAGUGUUUAUUUCCGACCCUCGGCAUUUGAGUAUCUAAUGAAAAAAGACGAAAAGGACGAUUACGUGCCCAAGGGCGACCUGGGCGAGCCGUUUGUACUAGAACCCAACGACGAGUCCCCGUUCUUCAAGUACGGUUCGAUCCAACACGGCCAGACGAUUCCUGCCAUGUACAACAAUCUUGUCCGGGCACCUCUGUUCAAGCAUACCCCGCCGCCCACCGAUUUCCUAGUAAUCAAGAGCACCACCCGCGGAGAAUCCAAGUACUACAUCCGGGACAUCAAGCACCUGUACGUAUCGGGACAGACCUUCCCGGUCGUCGAAGUUCCAGGCCCGCACUCGCGCAAGAUUACGCAUACGAUCAAGCAGAGGCUGAUCAUUAUCGCUUGUAAACUGUUGUCCAAGAGUAAACACGAGCGACUGAAGAUAUCGAGGUUGAUGAAGUAUUUCCCGGACCAGAAUGAACUGCAGAUGAGGCAGCGACUCAAGGCCUAUCUGCAAGACUUUAUGGAAUACCACCGUCGAGGGGAACACCAAACGUUCUGGCGGCUGAAACCUUCGUUCCAGAGACCAUCACCAGCAGACAUGCUCAAGAUGGUCGAACCCGAGCACGUCGUCCUGUCCGAAUCCAUGAUCGUCGGCCAGCGCCACUUGCUCGAUUCGGGGUACGGUAAAUCAGAGUCGGACGUCAUGGAGGACGAAGGGAAACUGGAUACCGAGCAGCAGCUCGCGCCGUGGAUCACGACCAAGAACUUUAUCCAUGCCACCCAGGGCAAGGCUAUGCUUAAAUUGCACGGCGAAGGAAAUUUUGUGCCUGCUGGGGAAGACCCAGAAGAACUGAACGCGGAAGCCAAUUCUCGACCCAAAAACCAGCACAGGUACAACGUCGCGCAACAGCAACAAGUAUACAAGUCCGAGAUCGAGCGUAUCUGGCGCGCUCAGUUCAAAUCUCUGAGCAACAAAAUCCCUCCCGAGCUCACUCUUGAAGAAGCCAACGCACCCAUGUUCAAGCAGCCACGCGAGAACCCGACGCUUGCAUCGGGAUCUGGAGCCGCUGGACCGAGUGGAGGCAAGAUCGGCGCAGGGAUCAAGUCGCGCCAUUCGUCGUUGGGUGCUACGAGUCGCGCUUCGUCGAUCGACCAGGACGGUCAACCGUCUGGGGAGAAUAAGACGCGGGUGCUGAGAAUUCGAAGACAGGCUCCCGACGGCUCAUGGACCACUGAGAUUGUUCGGAACGAUAAUGUGAUUUCCGCGUAUGUGGCAAGGAGGGUGGAGAUUGAAGAAGAAAACAUGAAGGCGGAGGACUAUGUGCCUACGGGAGACGUGGUAAAGGAUCAACGAAUGAAGGCCAAGCUCUUGGAGCAACUGAACAAGAUGAAGAAGAAUCAAGAGCGUCGCCUAAACAGGAAGAACGCCAAGGCAAUCGAGGCUGGCGAGGCACCGUUGCCAAUUCCCGCUACGGCAGGAGUAUCGGAUGCGCCUGGACGAGAGCGCCGAUGCGGAAAUUGUGGUCAAUUAGGACAUAUGAAAACAAACCGCAAAUGUCCCCGUUGGGCAGAAUUCAACCAACCGGCUGCUGGUACUCCAUCAGGGACUGCUGGAUCACCUACCCAAACUGCCGGCAGUCCACCGUACGCUGCUGGAUCGCCCAAUCCACUCUCUCUGGGUCUGCCGCGGGCUGGUCAAGGAUCCGGGUCUGGCUAUUACCCCUCCGCAACUAGUCCACUAGCAACAAGCCCACCCAUUACGGCCGAUGAACCCGACGAGUACUCGGGAAGAGCAUUCAGCCCGCCUGCUUCGACACCUACUGGAGGUCUGAAGCUCAAGUUGUCUCGUCCAAACGCCUAG